UCAAGAACAAACAAAUACUUCGGACACUUUCGACAUAAUCCAUCAACAAUUCGAACUUCAACGACUUUCUAUUCAUAACUUUCCAAAUCCACAAAUUCUUCAAAGAAGUCACCUUUAUUAAUCCGCGACUCUAUCCAGCUUCGGAUAAUCGCAAAUUACCCUUGCCAUAACAACAACACCUUCAGGCGCGUCUUCAGCCAAAGCCUGAUCCUCAUAGAACGCAUUUCAGCGCAACAGAAAUCAAACCAAUUUUUCACUUCCAAACCCUAAAUACUUCACAAUGUCUUCUGAUAAGCUCGGUCAAUCUCUCGAUGAGAUCCUUGCUACUCAACGAGCAUCAGGCACUGGACGUGGUGGACGCGGUGGUGGACGUCGUGGUGGACGUGCUCCAGGUGGUCGCAACGCUACUGCAGCUCCAGUCGGAGGUGUAUCCAAGAGCAAGAAGCCAGUUAAGGGUGCAGUUAAGCCUGCUCCAGCUGGUCCCUCGGGAGGGAAUGCCCCAUCUCGUAUUGUGGUUAGCAACUUGCCAUAUGAUGUGACAGAACAACAGAUUAAGGAAUACUUUCACGAAGCAAAAUUGCACACCAAGAUCGUUCAACUAGUUUAUGGCCCAAAUGGAGCUAGCCGUGGCGAAGCCAAUAUCACCUUCCAUCGCCCAGGUGAUGCCGCCGCCGCCGUAUCCAAGCUUAAUGGUGUUAAGGUUGACAACAGAGCAUUGAGGGUUCAACUUCUCGUUGAUGCCCAGGCCGCUAGCAUUAUGGAGGAGAAGCUUGCUAAGAGACUUACGGACCGAAUUACAAGCGCGCCAAAAUCGCAACCGAAAUCUGCUGUACCAAACAAGACAAACGGCAAGGAUCAAGCUGGCAAGCGAGGAGGAAAGAGAGGCUCCCGUGGCGGUGCCGGUGCCACUACAGCUCGCCCAGCUAAGAAGAAGACCGCUGAAGAACUUGAUUUGGAGAUGGCAGAUUACUGGGAGAGCGGAAAUGCCGCGAAUGCAGAGACUGGUACCGAUGCUCAAGCUACAAAUGCUGUUGCUGAGCCAGCUACCAAUGGAGACGCAAACAUGGAUGACGAAAUCUUGUAAAAAUGUUCUCAACUGUCUAUAGAGAUGUUCACGAGAAUGAAGCACCAUAUUGAGAAUACUUCUACACCCUGCACCAACUUCCCUCUUUACGCUUACGUCGAUUGUAUUAUUGCUACUUCCUCAUGCUUUUCUUUCUGCGAUUUUCUAGCUGGGGUUUCUUUUCUGCAGAUGGGUGGGGUGGUUGGGGCAAAGGAGUGAAGUGGAGAGAUGACCAACGAGUUCCACAAAUAAUGGUUUUAUGAUGAGAGCGAGGAUGGGUCGCUCACUUCUCAAAUUGUAUCCGAGCAAUAGCGUCACAGAAAUGGAUAUUUUCCUUGAAGCAUUCAUGCUUCCGCAGCUUUUUCCCCCAAUGUUUGUAAUCCACAUCAUAAAAUACCUAGAUGAGAUCAAUACAUUGGCUGUACACUUAACUAUAACAUCAUUGAAUUAUAUCCCAUGUCUUCUUUCCAACCUCGUGCAGCACUUUAGAUGAAUCUCAAAAAUGUGUUUCAGGCAUCUUAGUUUA